CACAACUACACUAAUCCCUCAGAUACAUAGAAUUUAAAAAAUGUGUCCUCUCAGACUCAUUCUUAUAUUCUUGUCAGCUACUCUUGCUUGUUUCUUUGUCCUCAGAAACCUCAGAUCUCAACUUCAACUCACUGAUCAGUUGGACCAAAACAAUGAAGACACACCAGAAACAGAAACCUUGGAUUCUUCUAAACCAACCUUAAACGCACCUUCCAAAUCCAAGGUUAAGGUUGCAUUAGAAUCAGGAUUUUGGACAUUUGUUGACAUGGCUUCUGGUCGUUAUCUUUGGAGGCAACUGGUCCAAUCCCCUUCAAAGCAAUAAUUGAUCUCAUACCUUUGUGAUAUUCAUGACAGACACAAAGUUUAUAGGAACUUUUCAUCUCAUGAUAUAUGCUAGUAAUAUUGGAAACUCAAACCCAACUCUCCUUUUCAUAGGGUGAUGAUAUUUAUAACUACAAUAAGACUAUUUCCUCUAUUAAAAUUUGGUAUUGAAUAUGGUUUAUAGAUAGUGUCUCUCUCAUUUUCUUAUUGUUUUCAUCUAAAGUUGUGUACAUGGUUUGGCAGCAUGUUAUAUUGGGAUAGAUUAGUGGUACAAAAUUAGAUUCCAAUCUCUAAAUCUAAGUCAAAUAAAGAUAAUGAUUGAUAGAGAACUUAAAACUAGUGUCUAGUUAAUCUGUUACAUACUAUAAUCACUGUCUGGAAAAAUAUUUUGGUACUAACUACAUGAACGUAGUUUUAAAUUGUGGCUGUAGAUGUGGUUAUUCUGUUAACCUUAAUAUUGUGGCAAAAUA